AAAGUUUUGACCAAAUAUCAAUCAAUCAUUUGUAAAUCAGUAUUAUUUUAAAUAUUUGAUAUGUCUAGUUCAAUCUCACAAGCUUUCAAAAGCUUGAACGUUGCUAUUGCUGAUUCACCUUCAGAACAUGAAAAUAUCUAUGAUGUUUCGUACCAAUACUUGAGUAAUGUUAAGAAUUUCAAUGAUGGUAAGUCACUUCAUAAUUGUCUUGUUGCCUUAAUUAACAUGGAUAAAUAUCAAAAGGCAUUACAAUUGCUUAAGAAGGCUCCUGAAGAAGUCCACCAAGAUUUCGUUAUUGAAAAGGCAUACAUCUAUUAUAAAACUGGUAACACUGACUUGUUGGAAACAUUAUACAAUAAGACCAUUGAAUCUGGAGAUUAUUCUGAGAUUACUCUUAGAGCUAUCACUCAUAUCAUGGCCCAAAACCAUUAUAAGGAAGGUAACAAUGCCAAAGUUUUGGAUUUGUACCAUGGAUUGAUUCUGUCCAAUCAAGAUAUUGAUAACUUGUUGGAUUUGGCAUGUAAUGAAAGAGCUAUCAUUUCUCAAGGUAACUUUAUGAAUUCUAAUGGAUUUGAACAAAUUGAACCUAAAUCCACUUUAGAAGAAGAAGAUGUAACUUAUGAUUUGAUUUUUAAUGACUCUUUAAUUCUUUUAUCUCAAGGUAAAAGAGAAGAAGCCUUGGAACUUUUACUGAAGGCAGAAUCUAUUUGUAAAGUUCAAAACAUGGACUCUGAUGAUUUCCUUGUUGAAGUAACUCCAAUUAGAUUGACUAUUGCAUACAUACAUCAAAUCCAAGGUGAUCCACAAGGUGUAGCUACCAACAUUUUAUCAACAAUGAUGAAUGAUCAAGCAGUUAACAAUGAUGUAAUGACUAAAUUGAUUUUAACUAAUAAUUAUUAUUCAAUUAAGAAUAAUAAAUUAAUUGAUAAUACAAAUUUAAUUGAAAGACAAUUAAAUUUACAACAAAAUUUACAUCUUUUACAACAUAAACUUACUAAACCACAAUUUCAAACAUUGAUUAAAAACAAUUUAAUUUUAUCAUAUGGAUCUGGUACUUUAACUAAGAAAUCAUCUUAUUUAAGUAAAAAAUUCAUUAAUAAUUGGAUUUCAACUUUUUAUGAUGAUUAUACCCCAUAUAUUUAUAAGAUUUUAAAAGAAUUAGAAAUCAAUUAUGAAGAUUUAAUUCUGGAUCAAAGAGAAAAUUCUGCUAAUAGUAGACAAUUUUAUAAAUAUGCUACAAAAGUUGAAAAUUUAAAAGAAAUUGAAUUAUUUAUUGCAGCAGUAUUAUUAUUGGCAGUAUCUGAAGGUAAAGAAAUCUUUAAAACAAUUGAACAAAGAUAUUCUCGUUCAAUUCUUUUAAUUGAAAAAUAUUUACAAAAUCAAUUUGAAUUAAAUUCAAAAGUAUCAAUUGUACUUUUAGGACUUUUAAUUCAAAUUUAUGAAACAAAGGAAAAAUAUCCACCAAUUUUAAUGGAAUUUUCAAACAAAUUUCUGAUUAAACAUUGUGAAAAUGAUAUUCAUUAUUAUAAUUUUGCUAAAGUGGUUGCAUUUAUACUCUUUCCAAAUUAUGAUAAAGUUUAUUCAGAAACUUUAUUCGGUAAAUUAUUAGAAAUUAAUCCAAAUGAUGAUUUAAUAAAAUCUAUAUUAAAUGGAGAUUCAAUUGAUUUGGCAACCAUUUCUGACCUUACAAAGAAUACUAAAGAUGUUGAUGAAUUAAUUAAUAUUGAAAUUGAAGACUUGUAUACUGAAAGAGUUAAAAGAUCGAACAAUGUCCAAAAACCAAAUACGAAAUCUUUUAAGAUUAAAAAGAAUAAGAAAUCAACUCCAAAGUUUUCAAAGACGAAAAAAAUCAUACCAAGUUCAGAAUUUGAUGAAGAUAGUUUAGAUAAGGAAAGAUGGUUACCAUUGAAGCUUCGUUCAUACUAUAAGCCCACAAAGAAAGAUAAGAAGAAAGCUGGUGGCCAUCAAGGUGCAAUUUCACCUGAGCCAGUUGUAUCCAGCAAUACUCAAAAGAAGAAGAAAAAGGGUAAGAAAUAAAUAAAUAAAUAAAAAUAAUAAUGAUAAUAAUAAUAA